CUCUGAUGAAGUUCAACUUCAGUGGACACAACUUUUAGCUAUCAUUCCACACCACACUACACCUCCCACAAUCCCCUUGGUUGGAGGUUGCCCAAUACACAAAUUACGGGCCAGGGGUUGGUUUGUUGUGGCAGAAAAAAGAGCUAAAGAAACAGUCAUAAAAAAAAGUGAAGAUAAUAUUUCAGGGAAAGUGUCGCAUGAGCUUUCCUGUGUGGUGUUGCUGGGUGUUACCCUCCCUGCCAUGAGAGCUGACCAGGUCCCCAGCCACCCCUCCUUCUGCAGUUGAUGGAUCUGCAGCUGGUCUGGAGAUGACAGACAGCAUCAGGGCCUUCCUCCGCAAUGUUGCGACGGGGAUUAAGGACUCCAUUUUGGGGAUUGGAACUAUCUCCAAGCUGGAUGCCCGCAUCCAGCAGAAAAGGGAGGAGCAGCGGAGGAGGAGAGCCAGCGGGGCCCUGGCUCAGAGACGGGCCCAGAGUGAGGAACGCAAACAGGAGAGUGAACCCAAAUUAGCCAGUAGGAUUUUUCAGUGCUGUGCCUGGAAUGGGGGAGUGUUCUGGCUCAGUCUGUUCCUCUUCUACCGGGUGUUUAUUCCAUUGCUGCAGACUCUGACAGCAAUAAUCAUCGGUGACCCCUCUCUCCAUGGCAACGUCUGGUCCUGGCUGGAGUUCAUAUUGACCUCUGUGUUCAGUGCUCUCUGGGUGCUCCCUCUGUUUGUGCUCAGCAAGAUAGUCAACGCCAUCUGGUUCCAGGACAUAGCUGACCUGGCCUUCGAGGUGUCUGGUCGGAAAGCCCAGCCCUUCCCCAGCGUCAGUAAGAUCAUCGCUGACAUGAUCUUCAACCUCCUCCUCCAGGCUCUCUUCCUCAUUCAGGGUAUGGUUGUGAGUCUCUUCCCCAUCGACGCUAUUGGACAGAUGGUCAGCCUUCUCCACAUGUCUCUGCUCUACUCCCUCUACUGCUUUGAGUAUCGCUGGUUCAACCAUGGCAUUGAGAUGCACCAACGGCUGUCCAACAUUGAGAGGAACUGGCCCUACUACUUUGGCUUUGGUCUCCCCAUGGCUCUGUUGACUGCCCUCCCCUCUUCAUAUAUAAUCAGUGGCUGUCUGUUCUCCAUCCUCUUCCCUCUGUUCAUUAUCAGCGCUAACGAGGCCAAAACCCCAACAAAGCUAUACCACUUCCAGCUGCGCCUCUUCUCUCUGGUUGUCCUGAUUAGCAACAAGUUGUUCCACAAGACGGUCCACCUGCAGUCCUCCCUGAACUCGUCCAUCUCCGCCGAGAAGCUGCCUACCUCUCCCCAAGCCUCUCCUGCCCGCCAGAGACCCCUGUCCACCCAGUGAUGGCCACCGGGGGGGGACAACAACGACAAGGGAGCUGCUCUGCUCAACUCAGUAAACCAAUGGAGCAGUUGAUUCUGUCUGUGGAAGGAUCUCUCUUAUCAGGACAGGAGGAGGAUGUUUGGUUUAAAGCUGGGUUUUAUUGUGAUUUUAACGAUUUUUACUAUGGCCAAUUUCAUAUUAUUUUGGAGCACAGGUCAGGUGUGUUUUUAAUGUGAAUGACGUGUAAGGAGAUUUAACUGCUGUGUGCCUCACACUCAAACACACAGGAUUCUUAUAUCUUAUUCUCAUUAAAAUGUUUUGUUUUAAUAGUUUUUUAUGUAAGAUGUGCCAUUUUAGUGCUUUAAAUUCAGCAAAAGCAGUCAUAUACAUUGUUUUUCUUCAUUUGUUUUUGUUCUGCUCGUUUUUAUUGCUACUCCAAUGUUUUGCUUGUUUAUUCUGUUUAUCACCCCGUGGCUGAUCCCAGACUGCUUUGUAUAAAACUCUUGAUGUGGAAGAGAAAAGGGAAAAGGGUUACAUUUUUGCCAGGACUCAUGUUAUGUUACUCUACAUUUUGAAUGACAGACAGAGCUUUAGACACUGGUCACACGAUCUUUGGUAUUCCUUUGUUUGAGGAAUCAGCACAGGGAUGCAGCCAGUGACUAGAUGUUCAUCAAAGCGUGUGUGACUAAAAUAAGCCCCUUCUCCAUUGAAGGGGGUGACAUGUUUGCGAUGUUCAAAAGUGGAGCACAAGAGUUGUGACAUGUACAUUUUUCUGUGUUGCAAGUGACAUUCCUUUCACACUGAUGGGACGUUGUCUUGUUAAUUUUUACAUUUUUAAAUUUGACCUUUAUUUAACCAGGCAAGUCAGUUAAGAACAUAUUCUUAUUUUCAAUGACGGCCUGGGAACAGUGGGUUAACUGCCUGUUCAGGGGCAGAACGACAGAUUUGUACCUUGUCAGCUAAUAAAUAGCUGUUUCUCUGUAAAGCCAGGGCGUCACUGAUACUCCUCUGGCCAGAAACCCAGGAAUAAUCUUGUGUAGUGUAAACAAAGGGAUACUUUUUUUGUUUUAUUCCUAUAAGUGCUUUCUUUAGACUAAUUGUAAUUUGUACACUUUCAGCAUGGGAGCUGGUCUAAACAUCCCACAAAAAAGAGCAUCCUUAAUUAAUCCAAAUAUAUCACUGGUUGUUGUGUGUAAAGUAAGGCUAGCUGUUUUGAAGAAGCUGUUUUCUAUAGUUGUGUAUUAGACAGACAGGUGAAGCUGUAUGACUCUGCUGCUUGGUCAGAUCAGAUGACACUGCCAAACUGCUUUAUCUACUACUUUGUUCGACUCACUUCUGCUUCGAUCAAUUGUACACAGAACACUGCAGUGUAGGUACUUGGAAGAUGUCACUGAGCUCCGUUCUGACUGAUUUUCUCUUGAAGGAAGUAAGGAAGGUGUAUAGUGCAUACCUUAACAGAUGGGAGAAGCCCUCUGUGUUUAUGUUCCCCUUUGAGCAGUGGCAAAUCCAAACGGGCUGUGAGGGAUUUUUGACAUAUCUCUUGGCUCUGAAUGUUCAACCAAAACCUCACCAUGGGGGUUACCAUCAAGCUUUUACCUAAUCUUAUCUAAUAGGUUGGGGGGGGCAGUAUGUAAUAAUUGUAAGUGCAUAGUAUUUAUGUAUCCAGAUUGAUAUAUGUGAGUGAGAUUUUGUAAAAGUAUUAUGCCUAAUUUCAAUAAAAUUGGUCAGUAUACACUACA